UUUCACAAUUCACAUUCUCUUCUCUUGCUAGCUAUGGCUAUUUCCAAGGCUUUUAUCAUCAUCAUUGCUCUGUUCCUCCUCUCUCUUCUUAAUACCAACAACGCUGCCGCCCCGGUUGGUUCUCCGACGGGACCUAGCAUAGAUUGCGGGGCGGCAUGCACUGCCAGGUGCCAGUUAUCGUCGAGGCCGAAUCUGUGCCACAGAGCCUGUGGAACUUGCUGCGCCCGUUGCAACUGCGUACCUCCCGGUACAUCCGGUAACCUCGACACCUGCCCCUGCUACGCCAACAUGAAAACCCACGGAAACCGGCGCAAGUGCCCUUAGCUCUCACCCCCAUUUUACCUUGUCAUCCCCGUACUGAUGGAAUGGCACGGCGGCGGAGCCGCCCCCGGCCCUUGCGGCGGACCGGGUUCCUUCACCCAGCUGGAUAUUUCGUUGAAAACGGGCUUAUAAAUAAAUUCUUUAUUGUUGUUUAUAGUAAUAAUAUUUUUUGUAAUUUGAGA